AUGGUUGAACUUCAAUUUACACCACCUGAAAACAUACCUGCCAUUGUCCAGGAUCUUCGUCAGUCCUUCAAUAUCGGCCUCACUAAGGAUCUCAGUUUCCGUAAGCAACAGCUCGCCAACUUGAUCAGCUUCUGUGAGGAGCAGACCGAUGCCAUCGUGCAAGCUUUGCAAAAGGAUUUACACAAGCACCGCAUGGAGACCAACGUCGGUGAGAUUUCUGCUGUCGUCGACGAGUGCAAGUACAUGAUCAAGAAUUUGGAUCGUCUUGCAAAGUCCAUCUAUACCAAGAAACGUUUUCAAAUGAACGCGAUGGAUAAGACCUACAUUCGCAAGGAGCCCAAGGGUGUCGUUGCUGUCUUGGGCGCGUGGAACUACCCAAUUAACUUGCUCUUACUUCCUGUCGUUGGUGCUAUUGCUGCCGGAUGCUGUAUUGUCAUCAAGCCUUCUGAAGUCUCUGCAAACACUGCUGACCUCAUCAGUCGCGUAUUGCCUCAGUAUCUCGAUAAGCGUACGUACACUGUUGUCAAUGGUGGUGUGCCUGAAACCACUGCGCUGCUAGAACAACGAUUCGGUCAUAUCUUCUACACCGGUAAUGGUGCUGUCGGCAAAAUCGUUAUGACAGCUGCUGCAAAGCAUCUAACACCCGUGACUCUAGAGCUGGGUGGCAAAUCCCCCGCUAUUGUCACACCUGACGCGGACUUUAACAUUACGGCCCACAGACUCCUCUGGGGAAAGUUCUUUAAUGCUGGCCAGACGUGUGUUGCACCUGACUAUGUACUUGUGUCCAAAGAGCAGACUGAACGCCUUGUCGUAGCGUUCCGUAAUGUUAUCCGUGAAUACUAUUCGACGAAUCCACAAAAGAGUGAAUCCUACGGUCGUGUUGUCAACACCCGUCAAUUCGAUCGAUUGAAGGCUAUCCUUGAAAAAUUGGAUCCCAAGUCUAUUGUCAUUGGUGGUGAAACUGAUCGGGAUGAAUUAUACAUUGCACCUACGGUCAUCAGCCCUGUUUCAGUCAACGAUGCUCAUAUCAUGCAAGACGAAAUCUUUGGUCCUCUUCUGCCUAUUGUUCCGGUCAAGGAUAUGCAAGAAGCAAUCGAUGUUGUGAACUCAAAGGAACAACCCCUUGCAUUGUACGUUUUCGCCAGCAGCGCUCAGAGCUACAAUAACAUUUUGAACCAGACCAAUUCUGGUGGUGCCUUGGUCAAUGACACAUUGAUGCAUCUGCAAGAGCUUUCUUUACCAUUCGGUGGCGUUGGUCCCUCCGGCAUGGGAAGCUACCAUGGUGACAAGUCGUUCGAUACAUUCACCCAUGAGCGUUCCACAAUGAUCAAGUCAACUGCGUUUGAAAGCGUGAUUGCUGCUAGAUACCCGCCUUAUACAGAAGACAAGGAAACCGUGCUCAAUUUCCUUGUGUUUGGGUUCCCCAGCUCUGUUGGCGGUAAAAUCAAGACCUUUUUCCGUGCUUGCUCUGCUUCGUUCCGUGUUCUUUUCCACAAGCAAAGCAACGCCUAA